AUGCCAGUGUCGACAAGAGCAACGGUUCGUUCGAGAACCGAGAAUGGUCAGAACAGCCAGCAGAGUGGCGAAGCCGACGUGAGCCCUACUCGAGGGCUUACCGAAUUCGAAGAAGAUGGAACCCGUGACGAAGUUGACGUCCACCAACCGAUGGGACUUCGACAAAUGCAAGACCUAGUGGACAACCAACCACUAUCCACCGAACAGCUUCGAAUCCUUACUGACAGGAUUCAAGAACUCGUGAAGGCUCGUACAGGCAAGAGAGCUCACGAGGACUCCGACGAAGAUGACAGGCCACGAAAGCGACGAGCUGAUCAUGACCUCAAGUACAACAACAUCAAAGAGCUGAAAAUAGGCGCUACACUCAAGGCCUGGAGUGACUGGAGAAUCGAGAUCCAGCGAGCUUUCGACGCGUCUCCGUACAAGUACGACAACGACUGCACCAAAGUCAUUAAAGCACUAAGUCACCUCGAUGAAGACUCGAAGACACUAUGGAAUAAUCGCGUACGUACGAACCCUGAUGAUGAGUACGAUUGGGAAGCCUUUAUUACUUGGCUUAAUGAUACGAUUCGGGAUCAAGGCAACGACGAGGUCACGACGCAGAUCGAAUGGUUCAAAGCUAGACAGAGAUUCGAUCAGACACUAUGGGCAUUCGAUGUCUACUUGACAAGUCUCGAACACGAGAUGGAGCCCAAGGGCGAACGUACGAGGGCCAUGGAAUUCUUUAGCCGACUAAGGCCCAGCCUUCGUCGAGCUAUUCGACUUAGUGGAAUCAACCCCCUCCCACAAACUCGACAGGCAAUGUUAUCCCUCGCCACGCGUAUGUGGGAAGAAAUUAAGCAUGAUGAAAAGGACCCGAGAAAAGAGAAGCUCGGGAAUGAGAACAAGAUAUCGUCGAAGGCUAAUAGUUCGACCUCGACGACGCAAUCUAGUUCAUCGAAAAACACAAAUCACUCUUCGAAUACGAAAAAUAAGACCGAGAAGAAGGCCGAGAAUAAAUCAUGGAGGUCGAAGGGCCCGAAGGAAUUCGCCUCCGGACAGAAUGACAAAGGAGAGAGAAUCUGCUUCAUCUGUGGAAGCAUCGAGCAUAUUGCUAGCUAUCAUCGGGGGAGGAUAGCCAUUAUCCUCGAAAGGACGAUAAGGGAGACGUCGAGCAAAAAAAGAAGCCAGGCGUUCACGUCGUCAAAGCGACCGAGGGUCGAAAGAAGGUCAAGAACGACUAGCCAAGAAGGCUUGGGACUUAACAGACUCGUCAGAUUCGGAAAACGAGUAAGGCUCCCUUUUAGCCCUGAAGAAGAGCCUCGAAUGCGUACAGGAGAUUACCUACGCACAAUGGGCAAACUGAACGUUCGAGAUCGCGACCCCGAGGACGUUGAGAUCGCACUAGAUACGUGCGCAGAAAUCGACACGGUAGGUGUCGAAUUUGUAAAACAACGGGACCCAAAGCCUUAUAUCAAGGAGUACCCAAAACUAUGGUAG